CCCCGUUGGAAUACAUACAAAUAGCCCUUGGCAUUCACAACCCUAAGCAAACAUAGAAGUCAACGCACCUGUUCAUGUUUUGUGAAUCACUGGCCUGUAAUCAACGAUACUCCGAACAAGACAGUAUAGAGCAAUAUCACCAUAAUCGCUCUCUUAAAGUGAAAAAGAAACUUUUCCAAACGGCUUCUUAAAACCAAUCCUCUUCUUUUUGCUCCCCUUUUCCUCCCUAGCCAAUUUUAUUCUUUUUUUUAUUAUUAUUAUUCUUCCUCUUCUUAUUUCUAUUCAUUAUGUCUGCUAUUAAUGUACGCCGCGAUGUUAAAGAUUCAUUCUAUCGUUACAAAAUGCCUCGUCUAGUCGCAAAGGUCGAAGGCAAAGGUAACGGAAUCAAGACUGUCAUUCCAAACAUGACUGAUAUCGCGCGUGCUCUUUCUCGCCCCUCUUCAUAUCCUACAAAGUUUUUUGGCUGCGUACUCGGUGCCCAGACCACUUGCGAUGACAAAAAUGAACGUUAUAUUGUAACUGGUGAACAUGAUGCUGAAAGACUCCAGACUAUCCUCGACAGUUUCAUUUCCAAAUUCGUUCUCUGUUCUUCUUGCCAGAACCCCGAGACCGAUAUUAUUAUCAAGGGUAAUGAUAUUUGGAUGGACUGCAAGGCCUGUGGUGCUCGUAACAUGGCCGAUAUGCGCCACAAACUGGCUACAUAUAUUCUCAAGAACCCUCCUGCUCAGGCAGUCAAGAAACAGCGCAGACAGCAUCAAGAACUUCAGGAUGAUGAUGAUAUGAACGGCUCGGACGAUGACCUUAUUACUCAGCGUAUUAACAAGGAAGCUGCUGGACUCAAGUUGGAAAGUAAACUGGCCCAAGAAGGAUGGUCCGAAGAUACCAGCGAAGCUGCAGUAGCUCAGCGUAUGAAAGAACUUAAUGUUAAGUCUGGCUCAUUUGGUAAUGGCGACGACGACGAUGAAGAAGGCGAAAAUAAGUAUGAGCAGUUUGGCGAAUGGCUUGAGAAAGAGGAAGCUCCUAGUGAUGAAGAUAUUAUUGCCAAGGCUGAAGAGUUGGGUGUAUUUGGAAAGUACAAGUCUGUCCAGGUCCUCAUGCAAUGUAUCUUCGAUGCCUCUGUCGUCGCCCAGAUUCCUAAGCGUACCAAGCUCCUUCGCAAGUUUGUUAAGGAUGAUGAGAAGCACCAAAAGGCUGUGUUGGGUGGUAUCGAGCGAUUGGUGGGCAACGAAUAUAAAGACACCUUGUUGAAGAAGAUGCCAAAUAUUCUUAUGGGACUUUACGAGGCUGAUAUCAUUGGAGAUGAUGUAUUUAUCAAGUGGGGUGAGAAGCCCUCAAAACGCUAUGUUGACAAGGAAGUCUCCAAAGAAAUCAAGAAGGCAGCCAAGCCUUUCUUGGAAUGGUUAGAGAACGCCUCGGAGGAAGAAGAAUCUGAUUAAAGAUUGAUCGGGUGGAUAUAUUUGUAUAGACAGUACAGAUGACAUCAAUAAACAAACAAAAAAAGCAAAAAAAAACACACACACAAAAUUAAAGCAUC